GGGAGCUCCACGUAAUUCUCGACGAACAGAAGGACGGAAAAGCCCUCGGCGCUCUGGGCAAAGCAAAGCUUGGAACGCCCGAGGUGCGUCCUUUGGGUGGCCUUUGUGCAAGAGCUCACAGGGCUGGGAAGCAGGUGCACGUCUGGGGUUGGGAACCGGGUGACUACUGCUUUCGCGAUGAGACUGUUGCGAAUGCGUCAUUUACGCUUCCGGAUGUGCCUCGUUUGGGCUACCGUGAAGCCAUUUUCGAGGCGCAGCUUCUUCAUGAAGUGAUGAAUGGCUGAACGAAGAGUAUGACUCAGUACGACAUCCACUGGAACCAUCUGGAACCUCUCGAUGAAAGAUGAUGAAAGUGCUUUAUGAAAUCCGCUGGAAGAUGC